AUGUCGGCCGCGCAACUCCUCAACCCCAAGGCCGAGUCCCGAAGGAGGGCCGAAGCACUCAAAGUCAACAUCAACGCCGGCGUCGGCCUGCAGGAUGUCCUCAAGUCCAACCUGGGCCCUCUGGGCACCAUCAAGAUGCUCGUCGACGGUGCUGGACAGAUCAAGCUCACCAAGGACGGCAACGUCCUCCUGCGGGAGAUGCAGAUCCAGAACCCGACGGCCGUCAUGAUUGCCCGGGCGGCGACGGCGCAAGACGACAUCUGCGGCGACGGCACCACCUCGGUCGUCCUCCUCGUCGGCGAACUCUUGAAGCAGGCCGACAGACACAUCUCCGAGGGCCUGCACCCCCGCGUCAUCACCGACGGUUUCGACAUCGCCAAGACCGAGGCCCUCAAGUUCCUCGACUCCUUCAAGCUGCCGAAAGAGGUGGACCGUGAGCUGCUCCUCAGCGUCGCCCGCACGUCCCUCGCGACGAAGCUCAACUCGACGCUCGCGGCGAAGCUCACGCCCGACAUUGUCGACGCCGUUCUCGCCAUCUACCAAGCGCCGGCCAAGCCCGACCUGCACAUGGUGGAGAUUAUGAAGAUGCAGCACCGCACGGCCGCCGACACGCAGCUCAUCCGCGGCCUCGCCCUCGACCACGGCGCCCGCCACCCGGACAUGCCGAAGCGGCUCGAGAACUGCUACAUCCUCACCCUCAACGUCAGCCUCGAGUACGAGAAGACGGAGAUCAACUCGGGCUUCUUCUACUCGAGCGCCGACCAGCGCGACAAGCUCGUCGAGAGCGAGCGCCGCUUCAUCGACGCCAAGCUGAAGAAAAUUGUCGAGCUCAAGCAGGAGCUGUGCGGCGCCGACGGCAAGAAGAACUUUGUCAUCAUCAACCAGAAGGGCAUCGACCCCCUGUCGCUCGACGUCUUGGCCAAGAACGGCAUCCUCGCCCUGCGACGGGCCAAGCGCAGAAACAUGGAGCGGCUGCAGCUCGUCUGCGGCGGCGUCGCCCAGAACAGCGUCGACGAUCUGACGGCCGAGGCGCUUGGCUGGGCCGGCCUCGUCUACGAGCAGACGCUCGGCGAGGAAAAGUACACCUUUGUCGAGGAGGUCAAGGAUGCAAAGUCGGUCACGCUCCUGAUCAAGGGCCCGAACCAGCACACCAUCUCCCAGGUCUCGGAUGCCGUCCGCGACGGCCUGAGGAGCGUCUACAACAUGAUUGUCGACAAGAGCGUCGUGCCCGGCGCCGGCGCCUUCCAGGUCGCCUGUGCCCGUCACCUGAAGAGCGAUGCCUUUUCGAAUUCCGUCAAGGGCAAGGCGAAGUGGGGUGUCGAGGCCUUUGCCGAUGCCCUGCUCGUCAUCCCCAAGACGCUGGCGGCCAACGCUGGCCACGACGUCCAGGAUGCUCUUGCGGCCAUGAGGGAUGCGCUAAACGACGGCGAUGUUGCCGGCCUGGACCUCGAGACGGGUCUCCCGAUGGACCCUGAGCUGGCGGGCGUCUUCGACUCAUUCCGUGUCAUGAGAAACGCCAUCGCAUCCAGCGCAGGUAUCGCCUCCAACCUGUUGCUCUGCGAUGAGAUGUUGAAGGCUAGACAGAUGGGUAGGGCAGCCGGUCCAGGUCCAGGCAUGGAUGGGCCCGAUGAUCACAUGUAA